ACCAUCCGGCCUGAUACUGCCUGCUCCUUGCGAAAUCGCCUCGCAGAACUUGGUCCAGUCGCUGCAGGGCUUCAGCUUGUCUAGCUCCUACCCUCCAAAGGUCGGUUGACAUGGCCACUAUGAAGGGCCAUCUCGAUGAUCCGCGCGCGCUGAGGGUGCGAUCUGAUAACAUGCUGGGCACUCACAGCUUGAGACUGCACAAAAAGCGCAAGAUAGAUGCUGAAGUCGCCGGCUCGUCCCGUCAUCUCGGAGCUCGACAGGCCGGCAGCAUGUCAUCGUCGUCAUCAACUUGGUCAGGCUCAGACGUGUCGACUUCCUUGCGGCGUCAUCCUUCGAGUUCCCCCGCGUCGCCUGGAAACAUGGCUUCGACGCCAAAGGACCCCGGUACCACGCGUACAACUACCCAUCGACCGCACUCCACUGCGACUCCGCUGACGGAGAUCAAGACGGGCACGGGAUUGCUGAACGUCACCAUGCCCGCAGGCGGAUUCGUGCAGUGUCAACCUGCGCAUCUCGGCAUUGCCGUAUCGCCCAACGCGGCGGUGCACAUCCUCAUCGCCGACUUCCACGACUUUUAUCAGCGGCUCGACGUCAGUCUUCCCGCUCCCAUCUUGGACGGCUGGCAGUGGCCUGCCGUGAAUUUUCCCGCGCGGACGCUGCUGCGCAUGCAGGUCACCUCAUCGCCGGACAACCUGACGAGCCCGGACUACGCAAUGUACGUCCGCCGCGAUGUUGUUGCGCUUGGGAGUAACAGCACGAUCUGCCUCGACGCCGACGACCGCCUCGGCUCCGAUGCAUCGCCCGACGGCGCCGACCCGGAUUCGGCAUCCGCGGCGACAGGCGGGGGCCACCAAUCGAAGUACUCGCACAACACGAUUAAGGGAAUCGCAGGCGUCCUCGGCGGUGUGCUCGCUCUCCUACUCGUCCUCGUCAUCUGCAUGAGCGUCCGUCGGCGCGACGAGAAGCGCAAGUGGGACGAAGCGGCAGCGUUGCACAGGAUUAGCGACGCGGGAAGCAUCGCUCGCUCUUUCGGACGCGGGCACGGGGGUUACGACAUGGGCACAGGCCCGGGCGCCACCGUUGGACCAGCACUACCAGAAUCAGCACACGGUCAGGGGCAAGGGCUUGGGAAUCUUCCCAGCGAGGGUGGCGGCCGACUUGUCGCAACGAGUGGUGGAAGAAGCUGUGGCAGGCGGCGUAUUGCAUGGCCUCUAUCUAACAUGGGCAGAGCGAUCCUCACCACGCCGUCCACUGCUGCGCCUCCUGCCGCCAGCGCCAGCCGUAUGGCUGGCCUGCGCUAUAUGGCGUACCUCGUACCUGGGCUCGAGGCGAGUCGCACCGUUGCCGAACCAGGCGGGCUUGAGGGGCGGCCGUCGCAUGACCAUCUACGGCACGACCCGGACGCGAGGGGAGAAGCGAGGCGCGCAGCUGCUGAUUCUUUCGAGAUGCGGAAUCGACGUGUACAGGACGGCGGAGAUGGCCCUUCGCUCCUAGAAGAGGGGGGCAAGCUGCGCGAUCUGCCGAGCUACCGGCAGAGCCAAUGGGAGGCAAAGCAGAGCCGGUUGCCGAAAUAUACACUUCCCAUAGACACCGUCAGCAAUCAGUAUGGACAUCCGCCGGAGCCACUGCCGUCGUCAACACGAGUAUGUCCCGAAAUGGGCGCCGCCGCUCCCAGGGCUCCUGGCGCCGCCUCGCCCCCGAGCUCGCGCUCGUUCGCAUCCGCUCUCGAGCGCCCAGCGGGCGAUGUGUUUGCCGGUUUGCAAAUGCCACUGCUACUGCCUCCCUCUGCAGGUGCAGAGGCGGAUGCGCAGCGGGCGGGCCAUCCAGUUGUGCGGUAGGACCCCUGAGAGCACGCGCACGGGUCGCUUUUCCCUUAUCAACUCUCACCUUCGCAGAAGAAUCCCCCAGGAUGCCCCCAUCCCAGUUGCUCGUUACCAUUAUCGCAUGCACGCCCCCACACCCAUCUACAACCCAUUAAUUCAUGCGACCGGGGUUCAUAACGGACACUCAUUCUUCUUUAUCAACGUCAUGGCAUACCG